AUGGCAUCUGCAACGAGUUUAGAAGAAAGAUUUAAUGCAGCUGUGAAAACUAUUCAAAACUUACCAGCUAGAGGUGUAAUUCAACCAUCGAACUCAACGAAAUUAACUUUCUAUGGUCUUUACAAACAAGCAACGUUAGGUCCAUGUAAAGAUUCUCGACCAUCCAUGUUCAAUUAUGUCGCUCGAGCUAAAUGGGAAGCAUGGAAUAGAUGUCAAGCAUUGACUAAAGAACAAGCUAUGUCAGCAUAUAUUGAUGAAAUUGGAAAAAUUGUUAAAGCGAUGCCUCAAACAAGUGAAGUAUUAGAAUUUGCACAAUUUAUUGGUUUAUCAAAUGAAUUAGUUGAUGACCAAUCAAAAGAAAAAGAGUCAGUUGUAUUAACGGAAAAACAACAGCAUCAAACAACUAAAGAAAAUACUCUGCAAUCUUCUAUUAUUGAUAUCACUGAAAACGUAGAUGAUUAUAAAGAAGAUCCACUUGCUAAUACUAAUAAUCCAAUUGAAACUCUUGUUUCGGAUCAAAAUGGUUCAGAUCCGUCAUCGUCAUCUACAUCUUCUUCCUCUUCUUCAAUGACAUCUUCUGAUAUUGAUGAACUUUAUGACGAUCCAUCUGGUUUUAUAUCAGUGAAUCAUGAUCAGAUAAUAUCAAAUAAUAAUCAUAAUAUUCAACAACAAUCAAUAAGUCCAACAAGAUAUUCUUCACAUGUAUUUGAUAAUCAAAAUGGAACAAAUUUUUCCACACAACAUUUAACUAGAAAUGAAAAUAAUCAUACAAAUGUAUUAACAACAUAUUCAUCUAAUGAAAUUUCAUAUUCAAUAUUACCUGUUGUUUCUAGUAUUAAUAAUAGACAUCAUACAACUAAUGAUUAUAAUAAAGAAACACAACGUGCAAUAUUAAAUGCAUUGACUAAACUUCAACUAGAUAUUAACAAUAUAUUAGAAAGACUUAAUCGAUUAGAAACAUCAGCUUAUCUAUUACAACAGAGAGAAUUAUCUACUUCAUUAGAAUUAAAUUCUUCAUCACGAUGGUUACCAUUGUCCGGUUUUCGUCGAGAAAUGGCAACAAUAACUAGUGGAGGUGAUCAUGAACAUCUUGGUAUACCAAAAGCAGUAUUUGUUGAUGAUGUGGAUAGUUUUAUGCAACAACCAGAAAAUGAUUCUGCAGAUACUGUUAUUCGAAGACUUGAUGAUUUGAAUAGCAAAUAUCGAUUUAUGGAAAUGAAUUUAUUACAAAAGAAAAAACGUUUACGAGGAAAAUUACCUGAUAUUCAAAUUUGUUUAGAUAUGAUUGAACAACUUCGUAAAUAUCGUGAAACAGAUACCAAUAUGGAAACAAAUUUUCUUUUAGCUCAUAAUCUUUAUGGUAAAGCAACAAUUCUACCAACAGAUAAAGUUUGUUUAUGGUUAGGUGCUAAUGUUAUGCUUGAAUAUACAUUAGAUGAAGCUGAUGAAUUAUUACGUGGAAACCAAAGAACAGCGCAAACAACACUUCAAAAAGUUGAUGAAGAUCUAGAUUUUUUAAGAGAUCAAAUUACAACGACUGAAGUAAAUAUGGCUCGGUCGCAUAAUUGGGCUGUCAAACAAAAACAACAACAAAAUAAAAAAUAA